AUGCGAUUUGGCAGCUAUACGGUCAGUGAGCAAGUAUUCUAUCAAACAAGAAAGUCGUUUGCCAUUGUAAACAUACGGCCGAUUUUGCCAGGCCAUGUUCUAGUUUGCCCUAUUCGUCCAGUAGAAAGAUUCAGCCAGCUCAAUCCAGAGGAGGUAGCCGACCUUUUCCAGGCCGUGCACUCGGUUUCGCGGGCUAUUGAGACGUAUUACGGAGCGCAGGCACUCAACAUUUCCAUUCAGGACGGGCCGUUGGCCGGCCAGUCCAUUGCUCACGUUCACUGCCACAUCAUCCCCCGGCGCUUGCAUGAUCUGCCCAACGUCGACGAUGUGUACAAGCUGCUUGACGAAAACAACUUCACCGGGGCAUACAAGCUGGUCAAAGAGCGCAGCCGCGAGCAGUUUACUGGCCCGGACAACGACCAGAGAGUCAAUCGGACCCCGGAAGACAUGAAAGACGAGGCGACGAGACUAAAGCAGUAUAUUGUGUCGCACAUCGACCCAACGAUUUAA